AUGUGGAUAGUAGUGAGUUUUGAUGAUGAUAACACAGUGGAGUGUGUACCAAAUUUUUGGUAUAAAAAUAAUCUAUGUGCUUGGCCGAACAAAACUGUAAAAAACCACACGAAAAUGAUUGAACGUCGUUAUAAUCCAAAUAAUCUGGAAUUUGAUUUCUUCAAAGCAAGAAUAUUAACAAAAAAUAUUGAUAAUUUGUCUGAAGCCAGAAGAAAAGCUAAACUUGCUGAAGAAACAUCUGAACUAUCCUCUGCAGCUAAUUACGAUAAGGAAUCCAGAAAAAUUAGACAUAAAAAAUUGAAUUCAAGUAGCGAGGAAAUCUCAUGUAAUGAAAACCGCGAAAAAAACCAUAGACUAAGUCAGAAAAAAAAUGUUAGAAGUUUUUCAAUUCUUGAUAAUCCCCCUCUAUUUAAUGUUGACUUUGAUGAAGAUAGUAGUUAUGAACACCAUCAUAAUCCAAUUAAUCAAAAGACUACUUCAAUGCAUUCAGGUUCACCAAAAAAAGCUCAUAAGAAUUUAGUGGAUGGUUUGACUUCACCAACAGAAAAUUUGAACGUAAGCCAAAAGGAAAUACAUUCAACAAAUUCUAAUGAUAGACAAUUUGGCUUAAACUCUAUGGCAAAUACCCCAGGUUCAUCUAAAAUAUCCAAGGAAGGUUAUUAUAAUAACAGUUCAGAAUCUUGGUCGAGUUCACCAUUAGAAAAUUUGAAUACAAGUUCUUCUAAAAUAUCCGGGAAAGUUAUAAAUACAGAAUCUUGUUUGAGUUCACCAUCAGGAAAUUGGAAUGUUUCUCAGGAUAAUAGUGCUGUUUUGGUGAAAUCGAAUAGAUGUAAGAGACGUAUAGAUUUCAAUUCAAUAGUAAACACUCAUCCAGAUUCUUCUAAGGUAUCUAAUGAUAGAAAUAUUAAAAACACAUCUAAUGAAAAAAUAGAUUUACUUCUUCGAGCUGUUACCAAUUUGAAAUAUGAAAUGAGAGAACAUGGCAUUAAAAUUGAAAGACUGGAACAAACCAUAGUUAAUAACUGCUUAAACAAGAAGAUGAUAGUUGAUUACAAUGAUAAUACUACAAAUGAUAUGUUUGAUUUUCCAAUAAAAACUUUAGAAGAACUAAGUAUAUUUGAAAACAAAUUAAUGGAUAAUAAUUUUAGACUUCAAAUGAUAAAUUAUCUAUCCAGAUUGGAACGUCCAAAGGUAGCUGAUAUGACAAGACAAAUAAUGGCCAAAGUUUUUCAUAAUAAUAUACUCUCUGUGCAUUCUUAUAUCGGACAAAAAAAGAAAAAUGUGUUUUCCGUGCUCAAUUCUUGUUCAUUAAUAUUUGCAACUAUAAGAAACAUACCAAAACAUAGAAACUGUACAGAUCUUGAAAUUGUUGGUCCAUUAAAAAUGUACAUGGCUAAUGCCAAAUUCCGCGAAGAAAAAAAGCAGCAAUCCAUCUCUAAUGCAUAG